AUAAUUAUUUAAUAUUAAAAAAUUUCAAAUAAUUUGAUAACUUAUUUUGAUAAUUUUGGAUAUGACCCGAUUCUGCUCUUCUUUUUCUUCCCGCUGCAGCCCAAAAAAAAGAACCAAGCAAGCCGACGUACCAGCCUUUGAGAAACCGGUGAGGAAGCUUGGUUUUGGCCUUCUUUUCUUGUUCAAGAACAAGAUUGGAGCCUUGAAACCUUCCCCCCCUGCUGGAAAUUCCGGAUCUGCUCUGCUUCUUCCUUCCUCACCGCCGGCUGCUCUUGAUUGUGGGUGAUUUCUGGGCAUUUUUCCGGUAAGAACAGCCAUGAAUCUCCCUUCUCCAGCUUUAAUUGGCUUGGGUUUGCUUUGAAUUGUGUUUUGGUUCUUGAAUUUUGGGUAGCCCGUGAGUUUCCCUGCAGAGUGCCGCCGGCCUUCCCCCAACUGCAGUCCGGUUUUUGGUUGCUAAAUUCUGGAAGUGAAAUCAAGGACGAGGAAACCACGGGAAGUGACGAGUUAGAAGGCUAGCCAUUUCAAGAUUAAUAUAGAUUUUAGAUAUAA